AUAAUUUGCACACAUAGCAUAAUGGUAAAGGUUGUCCAGCUGAGAGAGGCUUUACUUUGUAGUUGGUCAAACUUAACGAAGCAAGAAAUGGGAUGGAAAAGUCCUCUAGACUUCCACAAGAAAAACGUCUUCUUGGGAUAGAAGAGAAAACAUGGAUGGACACAAUACAACACAACACAACACAACAUCGUCCAAUACAAGCUCUUUCCAAUUGUAAUCUUGGCCCGGGUGCUAGGAUCUGCUUUCUCAGGGAACUUUAGUUGUCUUUGCUGAAACGGGGUUUCUCAAUCUUCAUGGCUCUCUCAGAUUUAGGCAUUUGGAAUUGAAUUGGAAUAGGUAUGCAAACAUUUCCAUCGGAAGUUUUUGGAAAUUUCUGCUACCCUUGUGCCAACAUUAGUGACUGUGUUCUUGUUCCACUGGAAGAAAAAGAGUCAUAUUUCCUUGCCUAAGUUGUGUUGCAAGAUGAUGGUUCUAGAUGUGUUAUCUUCUGGUCCAACAGGAACAGCCAUUUCUCAAACUGUAGAGACCAUUGCCGAGUUCCUAAUUACUGCUAACGAAGUGCUUGUGAAGAAGGAUAGUUUUAAGGAACUUGCAGCUUACAUGGAAAGAAUCAAGCCUAUAUUAGAAGAAUUAAAGAAAGGAAAAGUCAGUAAUUAUGAGUCAUUUAACCAAGCCAUUGAGACCAUGAAUAAGGAAAUUAAAGAUGCAAAGCAACUGGCUCAAGAAUGCAGCAAGAAGAGCAAGGUUUAUCUGCUAAUGAACAGCAGGUUCAUUGUUAAGAGCUUAGAAAAUCACACAGAACAGCUGAGUAGGGCACUUGGUCUUCUGCCUUUAGCCACAACAGGUCUUUCUUCAGGAAUCCUUGAAGAAAUUGAAAAGCUAUGUGACAAUAUGCAGAGUGCUGGAUUUAAAGCAGCUCUAGCUGAAGAAGAGAUUUUAGAGAAAAUUGAUUCAGGGAUCAGGGAAAACAAUGUCGAUCGUUCCUAUGCCAAUAAUUUGCUAUUUCUCAUUGCUCAGGCUGUUGGGAUUAGGAAUGAUAGGUCAACAAUAAAGAUGGAACUUGAAAAGUUCAAGAGUGAAAUUGAAGAUGCACGCCUUAAGAAGGACUUGGCUGAAGCUAGGCAAAUGGAUCAAAUCAUUGCUUUGUUGGAAAGGGCUGAUGCAGCUUCAUCACCUAGGGACAAGGAACUCAAAUACUUUGCAAAACGCCAAUCUUUGGGUAGUCAAAUCUUGGAGCCUUUGCAGUCAUUUUAUUGCCCCAUCACUCAGGAUGUUAUGGUGGAUCCUGUAGAAAUUUCAUCAGGGCAGACAUUUGAGAGAAGUGCAAUAGAAAAGUGGUUUGCAGAAGGAAACAAUUUGUGUCCCAUGACCUUGAUUCCUUUAGACACAUCAAUUUUGAGACCUAACAAAAAGUUGAAACAAUCCAUACAUGAGUGGAAGGAUAGAAAUAUAAUGAUCACAAUUGCUACAUUGAAAGAAAAAAUCCAGUCUGGAAGCGAUGAAGAAGUGCUGCAUGACCUGCAAACUAUUCAGAAAUUGUGCGAAGAAAAAGAGCAAUACAGGGAAUGGGUGAUACUGGAGAAUUACAUAAUAACUCUCAUCCAAAUUCUAUCAAGACACCGUGAUAUAAGGAAACAUUCUCUUGUCAUCCUCGGCAUGCUGGCAAAGGAUAAUGAAGAAGCUAAGGAAAGAAUUUCAACCGUUGACCAUGCAAUUGAAUUAAUUGUCCGGUCUCUUGGUCGUCGUCCAGAGGAAAGGAAGUUAGCAGUAGCAUUGCUGCUCGAAUUAUCCAAAUAUGAUUUGGCACGAGAACAGAUUGGAAAAGUUCAAGGUUGCAUACUAUUAUUGGUGACUAUGACUAGUGGAGAUGACAAUCAAGCUGCUAGAGAUGCAACUGAGCUAUUGGAGAAUCUUUCAUACUCCGAUCAGAAUGUUAUACAGAUGGCAAAAGCAAAUUAUUUCAAGCAUUUAUUGCAGCGUCUCUUCACAGGACCGGAUGAUGUAAAGAUGAUUAUGGCAACAAGUUUAGCAGAAAUGGAGUUAGCAGACCACAAUAGGGAGUCCUUGUUUGAUGGUGGUGUACUGGUUCCUCUUCUUCACAUGUUUUCAGAAAAUGAUCUUCAGGUGAAAACAGUUGCUAUUAAAGCUCUUAGGAAUUUGUCCAGUUCAAAGAGAAAUGGACAGGAUAUGAUAAGACAGGGGGCUGCACGACCGCUGCUUCAGCUCCUUUUCAAUCAAAACGUACAAACCGCAAGUUUGUGGGAAGAUGUAGCAGCCAUAAUUAUGCAACUGGCUGCAUCAACUAUUUCUCAGGAUGCUCAAACACCUGUUUUAUUACUAGAAUCUGAUGAUGACGUUUUUCAUCUCUUCAAUUUAGUUAGUUUCAUGAAGCCUGUUGUGCAACAGAACAUUAUCCAGACCUUUUAUGCCUUGUGUCAAACACCCUCGGCUUCAUAUAUCAGAACCAAACUAAAAGAGUGCUCAGCUGUUCCAAAAUUGGUUCAACUGUGUGAGAAUGAAAACCUAAACCUUCGAGCAAGUGCUGUGAAGUUGUUUUCAUGCGUGGUGGAGAGUUGUGAUGAAGCCAUCGUACUGGAGAAUGUGGACCAGAAGUGCAUUAGUACUUUACUCCGGAUCUUAAAAUCUUCAUCUGAUGAAGAGGAAACACUUUCUGCUAUGGGAAUAAUAUGCUAUCUUCCAGAAAUUGACCAGAUAACUCAACGGCUUCUUGAUGCUGGAGCACUGCCAAUCAUUAAAAGUUAUGUCCAAGAUGGGAAAGACAGAGAUCAUCUAGUAGAGAACGCCAUUGGUGCCCUAUGUCGAUUUACAGUUCCAACAAACGUGGAAUGGCAGAAAAGUGCAGCUGAAACCGGGAUCAUAACUGUUUUAGUGCAGCUUCUUGAGAAUGGAACCACCUUGACAAAACAGCGCGUGGCACAGUCUCUUGCUCAGUUUUCUAAAAGUUCAAUUCGCCUGAGCAGGCCAAUACCAAAGCGAAAAGGACUAUGGUGCUUCUCAGCUCCUGCUGAUGUUGGCUGCAUGGUUCAUGGAGGAAUAUGCUCAGUGAAAUCAUCAUUUUGCCUCUUGGAGGCUAAUGCAGUGGGACCACUCACAAGGACUCUUGAGGACUCUGAUCCUGGAGUUUGCGAGGCUUCUUUGGAUGCUCUAUUAACACUAAUUGAAGGUGAAAGACUGCAGAGUGGUAGUAAAGUUCUUGCUGAUGCAAAUGCCAUACCACUAAUAAUAAGAUAUCUUGGUUCACCCUCCCCUGGCUUGCAGGAAAAGUCUCUACAUGCUUUGGAAAGGAUUUUUCGGCUAGUCGAGUUCAAACAGACAUAUGGAGCCUCAGCUCAAAUGCCUCUAGUUGACUUAACUCAGAGAGGCAAUGGUAGCAUUAGAUCAUUGUCAGCCAGAAUAUUGGCACAUUUGAACGUGCUUCAUGACCAGUCUUCAUAUUUCUAAAGGAAAAUCUUGGUUCAAGUUCGUGUACUCAGGAGCUAAGAUUCGGAUAACCAUGUGGAACUAACCUUCUCUUGAUCCAUUCACUGUGCAUGACACAACUACAUGCUUGGACAGGAAAUGGAACAUUUGCUUCUUUAACAGUGAUAACUGCUUUCCUCAGUGCACCAACAUAUUGUUUCACUUACCAGGAGAACCCCACAAGGAUAUGGUGUUCCUCAAUCUUGUAACCAUUUGACCAAAAAGUUUUGCAAGUGUGCACUUGGCUAGUUCUCAUGGAGUAUCCCAUUAGCUCUUAAACAAUUGUGACCAAUGUUGAGUUGGGGCUGUUAGUGUGUCAUGGAAUCAGCACCAUUGGACAUGCAGGGAUUUAUUUGGGGCCUAUAUUAAACGUCUCAAAUAAUAUAUAGCUUGUACAUUUGAAGAUUGAUUGUUGUUAUUGCUUGCUGUAAAAUGAAUACAGAAUUCCCUUUAUGGAAUAAUAAUUGUAUUCUUUGCUAUUUGAACUCAUUGUGAUUCUUCUUAUUAUAUAGUGAAAAGGUAGCGAAACAUCUCUUUGUUA